CAAAAGAACAAGCUCGGGUAGUAUGUAAAGUAAAAAGAGUGUUUGAGGUGUUAUGUUGUGCUAAAAUAAGUGGAACAAAUAAAUCUCAUUACAAAUUUUUUCUUUCGUUAGAAAAGAGAUCAUUUUCCAAGUUAAAAUAUGGAAGCUGAGCCUGUAGACCUCGAAGAUGGAGAAGUUGUUGAUGAAGAGCCAAGUGAUGUCUUCGAAGGAUAUAAUGUAUUACAAAGGCCUCAUAUUGUACAAGCGAAGGAAGAGCAGGCGAAACUGGGAUACAGUGAUGAAUCAGAUGAUACCGAUGAUACAGAAAGUGAUUCGGAUUCUGAUUCAGCACAUACUAGAAACAAAAAACCUAAGUUAAAAAUAAAAAAAACAAAAAGCUUGUCUAAUAAUUGGGGACCAAAUAACGAUAAAUACAAAGUAUGGUGUACGCAGAUUCAAGAAGAAUCAUUGACGGAAGACUUAGUCUCAUGCGGUGUAACAAAGAAACUUUGUCAACGUAAUGUUGAAAGUUAUAAUUUUACUCUUAGAUUUCCAUCUAAUGCCAAUGAAUCUCAUAACAAUAAUAGUUCAGAUGAUGAAAGAUAUUCUGGACAGAGAUUAACCAAUAAAAGAACUAAUUCUGAUAGACAAAAUGUGAAACUUAGAUUAGGAAAAAGGAGAAAUUCAAUGGAAGUUGAAAAUCAGAAGGGAUCUGUACGUAUUAUAGCAGAUUUAAGUACAACUAUAGAUUCAACAGAUUCAGAAGUCGCCACCGAUAUUACAAAUAAACUUCGCGAAAAACAGGAUUCUCUUAUAAGCAAAAUAGUGAGCAUAAUUGGAAAAGAAAAAGCAAUAGACUUUUUUCAGAAGACCAAACAAAUCGAAGAAGGCGGUGGUUUGUUAAUAAUGAACGGAUCUCGUAGAAGAACUGCAGGUGGUGUAUACUUGUGGCUUGUAAAAAAUGACGAACAUCUUCCACAAGAAAAAAUCAGAGAAAUAUUUUAUUUCAAUAAGAAAAAGAAUGCGGAAGAAAAUAAUAAAAAUAUAGAAGCCGAUAAGAAUAGAAAAAAAACACAGGAACUUAUGAGAAGUCUUGAAAAUGGUUCUGAUAAGGAUCUUCCAACUUUAUUAACAAGAGCAGAACUUUCAACCAGACAGAUUGCAGAAGAGGCAAGAUUAAGACGCGGUGUAGGAAUGGACAGAAUGCCUUUAGACUCCGAUCGUACAGUAACUAAUCCUCCCCCUAGUCCCGUUACAGAUGAUCCAGAUCACACUGAACAUCACUCUGAAUCAAGACAAGUUCAAGAUUACACAGAAGAUUUUCUUGACAUUGGUAUAGAUGUGGACAGCAUGGAAGUAUUCUAAGUUUUUUCAUUUUACUUAGUAAUUCCUCUCAUAUAUUAACAUCAAAGGUACAAUGCAGAAUAACUGUAAUUUAGGUUACAAUAUAACGCGUCUGUAUGCAAUGAUAUUGCAUAAUUUGCACAUGUGCUCACCAUAUUCAUAGAUGACAAUAUUAGACUGAUUUAUAAUAUCGAAAUAGUAAAGUUUUUAUUUCCCGUCUAAUAAUUAUUUAUUAUCCGAAUUAUAUUAUUUAUGUAAUAAUAUAAUUUAUAGCUUGUAAAUAUCUCCAUGAUGUGCUUAUUAUGAUUAUUAUUAUU